GGGAGUGCAGCAGCGCUCGGGGCCCGGGGGUUGUUCCGCUGCCGCCGCCGCCGCUCCGGGCCCGCCCGGACAAAGUCCCUGCGCCAUGAGCGGCCGCCGCCCGGUGUUCCCCGGCCUCCCAGGGGAGCUGGUGCUGGAGGAGGCGGCGGGCGCGCGGCAGCGCUGCGGCGGCAGCGACGGCUCCGUCCCCGGGACGCUGCUUUGCACCAACCGCCGCGUCGCGUUCCUGCCCGCGCAGGCCCCCGGCUCUUCCCGUCCCUUCCUCCACAGCGAGCACGAGGUGGCGCUUCCCUGCAUCCGCAAGCUGGUGGCAGCCAGCAGCUUCACCAAGCCCAAGGUGCUGACGGCCUCCUCCACCCUCAAGUUCAUCCCGGAGGAACUGGCCGUUUUCUGCCGGGAUUUCCGCCUCCUCCGCUUCUACUUCCAUGAGAACGGGUUGGCUCCGCAGGCGUUCCGGGUCGCCAAUGCCAUCGCCCAGGCGCGGGAGGCAGCUGCGUGGUUGGGGGAUGCUGGUGAGGGAUGUGAUGGAGCCCGGCCGGAGGAGGAGGAGGAGGAUGAAGAUGAGGAGGAGGAGGGGGAUGAGGAGGAUGAGGACGGCUCCUCUGCCACGCUGCUCUUCGAGAGCCUGCGGGACUGGGAGAAGGAGCUGAAGCGCCUGGGUGCUGCGGGCUGGAGGGUGAGCGCCGUCAAUGAGCGCUUCGACAUGGCCCCAAGCCUCCCCCGGUACCUGUGGGUGCCCAGUGGGCUCCUGGACCACGACCUCAAGCGGCUCUUCGCCCACUUCGAGGAGCGCCGGGUGCCCCGCCUCUGCUGGCACCACCCGGGCGGCAGCGACCUGCUCAGAGCCGCCAGCUUCCACGCGGGGUCAGAGCCGGGCAGCGAGGACGUGAGGUGCCUGGAGGCACUGCUGGGGAGCCGCGGGCCCUGCGUGCUGGUGCACACCGCAGAGCUGCCCAGCCCGGCCGACAUCCAGCUCGCACACCUCAAGCUGCGGGCGCUGUGCCUGCCCGGCGCCGCGGCGGAUGAGAAGUGGCUCUCGGCGCUGGAGGGGACGCGGUGGCUCGACCAUGUCCAGAGCUGCUUGAGGAAAGCCGUGGAGGUGGCGUCGCUGCUGGCGGGGAGACGCUGCUCUGUCCUCCUGCAAGAGCCGUCGGACCGGGACCUGAACUGCCUGCUGGCCUCGCUGGUGCAGCUCCUGGGGGACCCCCAUUCCCGCACCCUUCCUGGCUUCCAGAGCCUGCUCCAGCGGGAAUGGGUGGCAGCCGGACACCCCUUCCCCCACCGGCUGGGGCUUCUCCGUUGUGACAGCCCCUGGGAGGAGGCUCCUGUUUUCCUGCUGUUCCUGGACUGCACGUGGCAGCUGGUGCGGCAAUUCCCGGCGGCGUUCGGCUUCACCGAGGCCUAUCUCCUGGCCCUCCACGACAGCAGCUUCACCCCCUACUUCAGCACCUUCCUCUUCAGCUGCCAGCGGCAGCGGGGCCACGGCAGCCUGCACCGGUCCCGCAGCCAGAGCUACCGGCCGGUGAGCGGGUGGCGGGAGCCCAGCGCCGCGGCGCUGCCGGAGGUCUGGGAAUGGGGCCUGCGCUACAGCCGGCAGCAACGGGAGCGCUUCAGGAACCCGGCGGGAGCUGCUGGUCCCACGGGACCCCCCGGCACUGCAGAGCCCCAGCCCAGCCCUGCCAGCGCCUGGCCGGGCCCGGGGGCCGGGAACGUGUUUGUGCUGACCAAGGGGACGCUGUCGCCCCAACCCCUGCCCUGGAGGAGCGGCCGCCCCCCCCCGCGCCAUUCCCGCUGGGCACUGAGCCCGGAGCCGGGGGGCGGGCGGCCCCCCCCGGGGCUGCUGCUGCCCUGCGCCGCGGGACCCGCCGUGCGGCUCUGGGCACGCUGCUACCUGCGGGGGCUGCCCGAGGCUCAGCGCGGGCGCUUCGCCCCGUCUCCGGCCGGGCUGGCCGAGGAGCUGCUGCUGCUGCAGGACCGGCUCAGCGCCCUCUCACCCUGAGGACACGGGACCCGGGAUGGGACCCCGGGAAUGGGCCCCCGCCACGGGGAGGACCCCGGGAUGGGGAGGAUCCGGGAAGGGAUCCCGCUGCACAUGCUGGAUCCUUGUUUCCCAUUAAAUUCCUGCUACCUCCGCGGA